AAAACAAUGGAAGCUACACUGAUCUCUUCACAACUCCUGUUCCAUCCAUUGGUGUUUUCCUCAAACAAAACGACGACGUGGAGGACACACAAUAAUAAGAAGAUGAUGAGGGUCUCUGCAGCUGCGUCUUCAGGGAAGGACCAUUACUACGGAGGAGGGAGAUUAGUGGACGAGAACAUGAUCGUUCUGAGGAAACGCAUCCACGAGAGGAAGAUGGUUGAGCGAAACUACGAGCCUCCUUCUCACUGGAUGGAUUGGGAGAAGCGUUUCUACAGCAGCUACGACUCUUUGAUCUGCGAUUCCGUUGGUCUUCUCCAGAGCUUCCUCAUGAACUCUCGCCCUACCGUCGCGCUUCUCCUCCUUGUCAGCGUUCCUGUUUCUUCCUCUGUUCUCGUGUUUCGCCUUCUUGAUAUCCUCCAUUGGGUUCUUGUCGCCUCAUCGUCGGGUCAUGUGGGCUGAUCUGCUCGGCCCAUUUCUUUUACGUUCCCACGAAAUCUUUUUUUUUUUUUUAGAUACAAAUAUUCUUUUAUUAUUUAUCUGAUUUAUACUUUAGCUUAAAAUAAGUUCAAAAUCUUGUUAUUAAUCUAUCAUUUAUUUCUUGUAAUUUGUAUUAUUCUUUUUUAUAUAUAUUUUAAUGUGACAAAAGAUAAUAGACUCUGAUUACAUGAUUUUUUAAUAAAGCAGUGGA